AUUCAGCCUGGUUGCCAUGGAGAGUAGGAUACGGUAAAGCAGAGCAGCGCUUGGAAGAUUCAGAAGCCAGAAAGGAGUUUGAAGACGGAAACAUUCUGUCUUCAUCGACAUGGAGUUUCCUCAGCAUUCCCAGCAGCUGCUAUCAGCUCUGCGUUCCCAGCGGCAGCGAGGCUUCCUUUGCGAUUGCACCGUACAAGUGGGCUCAUCCCGUUUCCUGGCUCACCGGGCAGUUUUGGCCUCAUGCUCGCCUUUCUUUCACAUGUUUUACUCAGACUCUCCAGCUGGUAGCAGCACCAGCAGCUGUGUCACACUUGACAAUGACAUCGUCACAUCUGCUGCAUUUGGCUUGCUGUUGGACUUUGUCUAUGAAGGUGUGCUGCAACUGGAUGAGUCUCCUCCUGUGGAGGACAUCUUGGCUGCCGCAAGCUUUCUGCACAUGAACGAGGUGGUGAGAGUGUGUAAGAGGCGGCUGCAGAGGCGAGGGCCUCUGGCUGAGGCCGACAGCACACGCUCUGAAGAGAGCGGCGGGUUGAGGAAGGCACCAGAAGCAGGUAAUGGCCACCCAGCUGAGGCCAUGGUUGCAGACCACUCAAAUCCAGUGACCACAGCAGUGCCUUUGUCCUCAGUAUCUGAAGUGGCAGAUGGGACUCAGUUGGAGUGUGUGAAGUCUGAGCAGAGGACAGGUGGAAGUUCAUUAAAGAUACAAACUCCUCUGAGCCCUGACCUUGCUGAUACCACCCAGCCAGGCAUGGACGGCCCUCCUUUGCCCCCAGCAGGGGAGCUGGUGCAGAGCCAGACAAACAUAUCUGCCUUUGUCCCUGUAAGUCUCACCAAGAUGAGCCCAGGGGGUCAAGGCGAAGGAUCUGCUCUCUGCAGUCCAUGUAGCACCACAGAGACAUACAGCUACAGUGCGAUCCAGCAGCCUUCCUCCUCUUCCUCCUCUCUGCUUCCUCAGAGCCAGUCUGGUGCUCGGUCUGUGGUCUCUCUCAACGUUUCAGAAUCCCACCUUUCCAUCGGAGGACAUCCAGAGCAGCUCAGACCGUCUGCUGAGAAUUUCUCUGAGACUGACCACAGAAACAUUCUUACCAGAGAACAGAGGAUGGUCAAGUCAAUCCAAGCACCUGCCCUGACCAAAAACUUCCAGACCAACUCCAGACAGUCGGCUCUUCAACAAGCACCAUUACAAAUCAGAAUCCAGAGCGCAGUAACACUCCAGCAUCAGAGCUCGAACCUUCAACGCGGUCCUCAAAUGCGAACGCUUCAACGACCCGAGGAUGAAACCGAAACACCGCUUGUGGCUGGAAAACGAUCACGUCCUCCAGGUGGAGCAAAGACAGGCAACGACGAAGAGAUUUUGGAAAUCAAAGAAGAGGCGAUUAUUAUUUCUGAUGAAGAGCUAGAGGAGGAGAAAGAAGAUAUUGGGGAGAAAGAAUCGGUGAUGGAUGUGGAAGAGGAAUACGAGGAGGAUAUCCAGGAAGAAGAGCUGAAUAGUCCUCAGUUUGUUUCCACACAUUCACAGGGACUCCUACAAAUAAACCCUCAUUCAAAUGACUACUCCUUCCCCCUCUCACCCUCUUCCUCAUCUUCCGGCGCCGGACCCUCCUCCCAGGACACUUCCUCCUUUGUUCCUCCAUCCUCCUCUCAGCAACAUCCGGACCCUCCCGGCUACUUCCAAGAACUCCAGGACUCCAUGGGCAACUUCGUUGAAGACGUGCCAACAUGUGGGGUCUGUGGGAAGACAUUUUCAUGCACAUAUACUCUAAGACGCCACGCCAUUGUGCACACACGUGAACGGCCUUACGAGUGCCGCUACUGCUACAGGAGCUACACGCAGUCUGGGGAUUUGUACCGACACAUCCGCAAAGCUCACGACCAGACGCUGCCCGCUAAACGCAGCAAGGCAGACACAGAGGGACCCCUGCUGCCGCAGCCCCCUCCUCACUGCUAACACGCUAGCCACUUAUUCCCAAAUAUGUGAACUUUAACCUGAUCUAUUAACACUAAAUCAAAACUUGCAUUUAGUAGAGGAACAACUAACAAUUUUUAUGGUCAUUUAUCUGAUUUUGUUUGUCUUUUGUGAAGGUUUUAAAACAUGCAACAAUGUUAUUUUGUGGACAAAGAGUUUUCACCAAACAAAGUUAAUUAAGUUUGUGCUUGUUUGAUUAUCUGGUGAAAAACCCCAGAAAAAAAUUGGAUUAGAAUCACAUUGACACCUGACAGUAAAUGAAAUAUGCAGUUCAUUACGAAAGUAGCCGUAACGCUUGACCUGUUUCACAUUUAGUGACGUUAAAACUGCAUCUUUUGUACGGCACAAAGUACAAAAAUGAACAGUAUAUAUUAUUCACUGCACAACCCCAUGUUUCAUGCAUGGGGUUUAAAAAUUGAGUAAUAAAAUAAAUAAUUUAGGAAUAAUCUAAAGCUUAGAUUUAAUUGAUCUUAGAAGCAGAGAGAGUAGAUAUUUUUAAGACAGGGACUUUAGUCCUUUCUAUCUUAUCCCAGUUUUUUAAAUUUGUUUUUAUUGUUACACUCACUGGUAUUAUUCAGGUUUAUUAUUGCCCUUUUCAUGGAUUGUUUGUUCAGGUUAUAAAUAGCAAAUUAACCUAAUGGUUCAGUUUCACACUGAGGUUAAUAUUAGUACUGUGUUAAAAAAGCUUUUUCAAAAGAAAUGAUCGAUAAAGACCAAAAAUCCUCUCCUAACAGCAGCAGCUGUUGAAUCUCCUCGUAAGCACAAAAGCAAAACAUGCUUCAGUGGUUUGAGUAUCAGCUUGACUAACAUUGACAUAUCGCUGUAAGAAAAUCAUGAAAAAUGUUUCCUCUGUGCUACUUUUUAUAUCUGAAGAGCAUUUUAUAGUUUAGGUUGUAACAAAUUAUUUUGUCAUUGUUAUUGAAUUCAGUUUGAUAGUCUCAUAAGGUUGUAUCAAUUGGUUGUUAAUGAGCUUUAUUAAAAUGUUAUAAAGAAUUGUACACAAAGUUGUUUACCAUGUAAGUUAAAAAAAGAAUUGAUAUUAUAUAAGUUGUAAUAUGUAUUGGUGUCCUGUUACUGUGAGCCAGCAGAUUUAGAUGGAGAUAAUUUUAAUGUUGUGUUUUGCUUCAACAAGAUGAAGCUAAAAGUUGGUCACAUUUCUGAUGUAUCUCUUUCCUGUAUCUUUUCCAUUUUGCCUCGCAUUUCAUUCUUUGAGUAAAUUAAACAAAACAUUCCAGGUUUCAGCUCAUUCAUACUGUAACAGUCAGGACAAUCUGUUAGCAUUUAGAUUGACUAAACACCUGCAAUUUUAAUGGACCAACAUUGGCUCACUUCAAACCGUUCUUCACUACGCCCACUUCAUGCCUUUAACCGGAGGCAGAAACCCAGAUGAAGGGUGGAGUAAAAAGGAGGUAAUCCACUAAAUGUUUGCCUUAUCUUAAUGUCUUUGUAUGUGCCUGAUUGAGUCUGUGGAAGUUCUUGUUCUGCACUAUUUUAAAUGUUUCAAGACACUUUCUAUAAAAAAAAUGAUGUUGAUAUUACUGUAAAACAAACAAAAAAAACCAAGAGUUUUAAACUGAUACUUUUAAUGGACAACAGCAGUGAUCAUUUAGAGGGUUUUGUUAGUCCUAAUGUCCAAUAUCUAAAUGUCACUUUGUGAAUAAAUGGUGUUCUGUGGCA